GUUUGACCGUUUCCAGGGCAACCCGCCGACGCUCCUGUCAAUCAGGACUCAGUGCAGCAGCUGUCGGCACUGAAGAUUCAAGUUCAGCAUCGAUUUGAAGUCUCCGCGUUUGUCUACUUAAAUACGACAUGGCUGACAGAAGCCAUGACAAAGCAGAGAGGGAUGAUGAGGACACAGGUGAACUUCUCAACACUGACCUUAAUGACAACAGCAGUGUGAUUGGACUGGAUCAUCUGCCUCCCAAACUAGACCACUGUGACCUCCUGCUAGAUGCUAUUGAUGCUCAGCUUGGGCAGCUGCAGGUGCAGCCCCAGAAACGCCAGCCAAUCUCCAGAGAGCAUGAUUGCAAUGAUGCAGCACUUUUUAGGGGGAGUCAAUCUCUGAGCAAAGACACAGGCUUUGGAAGCACAACUCAAACAAAUGAUACUCCCAUGUCUUGUCUUGAUUUGUUACACACUCAGACAAUGGACCAAACAUCAGAGAGGAGCACAGGCUCUCAGGAGGCUUCUGUCACACAUGAGAGAAGUAAACAGAAGUUAGACAGAGGGACAAGAGACAAAGUGGAAAUAGAGUCUCACAGGGAGCAGGUCAUCUGGAGGCUAGAGAGGCUGCUUGGAGACACCUGUAAGGAGGAGGGAAGGAUGGCAGGAGAAACCCAUCCUCCUUCAGAGAGUAUCUGCACUGAGGACUUUGUGAGAUGCUUCAGAGAGGAGAUGGUUGAAUUGCCACUGCCAGAGGGGAGCAUGCAACAACCAGACAAAGAAGAAGAGGCUCAGUGGACAGAGAUAUCUGACAGUGACACUCUCCAGAGUGAACAAAAGGCACAGAUUGUUCUUAAUGUCAACAGAAAAGGAACAGCAACAACUGGGAAAAGCAGUAAAGACACAGAGACUGCUCACUAUUGCCAAUUAUACAAGCCAGGUCAAAGAAAAGAACAGGAAAGAUGUCUUUCUGACAGCUCUGGGUCGAAGAUGUCACAUGUUAGUGAAGAAGAAGGAGCUGGAGGGAGAUACAAAGCGUUGCAGAAUCUUGAUGGUGAUAACAGCAUCUCUUACAGUACAGAAGUUGCAACAGAACAGGAAAACCUGCAGCACAACAACAUCUGUUCUCCUAAGGCCAGGUGCUUGGCAGGAGUACCUGUGUGGAGUUUUGACACCGUGUCCAUUGACAGCGACCUUGACUCAGUCUGCACAGAGCAGGUCAGGCAGCACAUCCACAGGCGGCCAGGAUGGCUCUCUCACUCUCUCAUUGAGUCUGUCAGGGACAUGGAUGACUUCUGCACCAACCAGAGUGACAAUGACACACCCACACAGGAAGAAAGUGAACCUCAAGCUACACCAGUCCAGAGAUUCCCAUCUGGAAAUGUCCAAAACAGAGGUGCUCCUGUCCGUAAAGCACAGCGUAGUAGAAGAGAAACUUACAGACUUGUUUGUUCUUUGAGUGAUGCUGACAAGGACACAGAUGAGGAAAUAAACCACUGGAGCAGGAGGUGCAGGCCUGAGAGGACAUCAGAGAAGAUGCGGUCAAAUUGGGAGAAGAUGAAAGAGUAUCUCUCUUCCCUCAGGCAGAGAUGUGAGAAAGAGGAGGAGACGUUACGGUUGAAGAAGACUCAGUUAACAGAUGUUGAACUCUCCCUGUCUGAACUUCAACAGAGAAGAAGGCAUGCCUUGCAGGAGUUAGAGCGUCUGGCUGCAGAGACAGCACAGAUGGAGAGGGAGAAGAGGACUUUGGUAUCCGUUCUGAAAGAGAGCAAGGCAGAGAGGGACUCUAUAAGUUGCCAGCUGCAGAGACUGCAGAGGCAGAGAGAGUCCUGUCUCCUCGAGGUUAGAAGCAUAGAAGAAGAACUCACAACUCUGAGUCAACAUAGAAAGACUCUGAAGGACAGAGCCUGCAUGGAGAAGACCAAUGUUGUUAUGUCUGUGCUGGAGAGGGAGGAGAUGGAAAGACAGUUGGAUAGUGCCAAAACAGAACUCUUUUCUGAGCAGCGACGCUCAAGAGAGAAGCUAGAGUCCAUGCAAGAAAAGUUGGAGGAGACUCUUGAGGAACUCCAGAGGGUCACAGAGGCAGAGAGCUCACUGAGGAACAGGUGUACUUGUCUGGAGGAGAAACAGAAGCAGAAUGAAGAGCAGACUGAGGCUCUGGAGUGUCAAGCAUGUGAGCUGCAGGGUGAACUGGGAGAAUGCAAGAUCAGAGUGGGAACACUGGAGAAGAUGGUGGCCCAGAAGGAGCUGCAGCUGCUAGAUUUGCAGGAGCAACGUGGGCUCUUACAAGCAGAAAGAGAUGAACUGAAGGGGGAGCUACAACACUUGAAAUCCCAGCACUACAAUGCACUGAAAGAAGCUCGAGAGCAGGCCCAUAAAAUGAUUCAGGCAGCACUGAAGCAGCAGAAGGAUUUGGCUUUGGCUCACGAGCAACAAAUCCAAAAGGUUAAUACGCAGGCAGAAGAGGAGAAAGCUGCUUUGAAAGAACAAGCCCAGUCUCUCACACAACAUAUUGAGUCCACACAAAGUUCCCUUCAGCUAAAAGAAGAAGAAGGAAAGAUGCUGAGGAAGUCUCUGGAGCAGCAGGAGGAGGAGGCAAAGCAGCGUGAAAGGAAGCUGCAUGUAGAAGCAUUAGAAAAGGUGCACAAAGCCAUAGAGGAGGAGAGGGGGAAAUGGGAGGCAGAGAAAGUGGAAGCUGUGCAGAAACACUGUGGGAUACUGGAGGAGCAGAACAGAAAGAGCCUGGAACACACGAGGAGUGAGAUGCAGCAAGAGAAGAGUAAAGCACUGGCUCUUCAACAUAAAGUGAUGGAGCUGCAAAGAAGAGUGCAGGAGUUGGAGAGUGAAAGCUGUGUGCAGCAGAGAGAGCAGGAGUCUUUGCUCACUGUGAUUUGCAAAUCACUGAAAGAGGAGCACCAGGCAGAGCUGCGGAGAUUGCAGAGACACAUGGCACAGGAGAGUCAGAGGACUGUGCUGCAGCUUGAGCAGGCUGUGCAGCUGGCAGAGAAAGAGGCCGACAGGCUCCAAGUGAUGCUGGAAGAGAAGGAGAGCAGCCAUAACCAAACCACAGCCAAGCAAGAACAGCAGCUCAGGCACUGGGCCCAGGAGCUGGGCGUAGAGUGCGAGCAUCUACACCUUUUAGUGGAGCAGAGGGGAGCCAAACGAAGUACUGUGCAACUUCCUGCCAGUCCCACUGUAGCUGAAGGUCUUGCAAACUUGAGAACACUAAGAGACCAGUUAAAGCACUUGAUAAGCCAUCUAUAUCAGAAACUUGAGUCUCAGAGGCAAACAACUGAGCUGCUGAGAAAAGACAAGGAGAGAGAAUUGAGCAUUCAGAGGAAACAGUUGAGGGUGGAGAGAGACCAAGCAUUGGAUUCUCUGAAGGAACGUCUCAUUCAGGAGCACAUUGAGGAGUUGAGCAGUCUUAACUGGGCUCAUAUGUGUGAUGGAGGAGGUGAGGGGGGAGGUGCGGCAGCAUCUCUUCGCAAGCAGCUGAAGGCCAAAGACCUGGAGCUCAGGCAGGUUCAGAGGAGCAUGGGCCAGUGGAAGGAAAAGACUGUAGCUCGUCUGGCAUGCAAGUUUGAAGAAGAGUUGACGGCUGAACUGGAAAGGUGCAAGACAAAGUUGUUAAGGUGCAGAAAGACAUCAAAGACACAAGAGGAGAGGCAUGAAAAGUCUGAGAGGUCUGAAGUAGAGAUGAAGCUUAGUGCAAAGGAAGCUCAGAAUUCAGUUUGCUCUCCGUUGUUUUAUGCUGUGGACCCUGCGGCCUCUCACAGCCCCUCAGAUGUGGCUUCAUUAAAACUUCUGCGCUACCUCCAGAGCAGAGUCAAGCAACUCCGAGUAGAAAACCAGACCUACACCUGCAGCCCAUCACCUCUAAAUACAGGCCCUUCAGAUUUGUCAGGAUCCUAUCUUAUGACAAUCAAUCAAUGUCAAGACAGUGCUGGAAAUCAGAGUUACUCAUCCAUCAAGACAGUUCCAAGAUAAGGACAUGAGACCUUACUGUGUGUGUGUGCAAAUACACCAGUGAUAUGAUGUUAAAUCUGAGUCUCAAGCAUUUCAAGCAUGUGCUUCACCACAGAGAUGAGUCAUUUACUGUUACGUGCACUUAAGAUAAGAGAUUAACAAGCAGGUCACGGUGACAAAUGACACAACCAUAUAUUUGGUCAUUGAGUUCACAUUCCUCUGUGUUUAAGUCAAAUUUUAUGGCUUAAGGUUACUGUGAACUGUGAAUGAGUGAUGAACUGACAUUUCUCUGAAGAUUAAAGAUCAUGUGAAAUGUCAGGUAACCUCACAAAGCUGACGUUUCCAUCAUAAAUGUAACAUGAUGUUAAAUUGUACAAUAAAAAAAGUUCAUUACCUGGCAA